UGCACCCAUCACGUAAAUGGGAGCAUUUUCCUGCCGUCACGUCAGCGUUUAGCAGCGAGGAUGCUCUGUGUGGAUGGAUGCUGUGGAUGCUGGGAGGCGGCUGUCCGUGGUGCUGAUGAUGGGAGGACUGAUGAUGCUCUCCGGCUCCGUGCAGCCGCUACUGCGCAUGUUGCAUGACAGGUACCACGCAAAAAAAAAAAAAAAACGCCUCCAUCUUGGAGCUUCCAGAGCUGAGGCGAAAAAAAGGGCAGCAGCCAUAUAUACACACACACACACACUGCUUUCCAAAAUAACAACAAACCGGGCGCGGUAAUAAAAAAAAAAAAAUUGGCAAUCUGCCGAGAUGUAACUUUCCCAACAAAUCAAGUGAACAAAACAAGCUUCAGCAGGAGGAUGAGGAUGAGGAUGGAGAAGAAAGACAGCGAGCGGUGUGGGAGGAUCUGGUAACUGACUGUUUUCACUGACAGCUUCACUGGCUCCAGCUUUUCUUCUGCAGGAAUUGACAGGUGACACAAACGACUCAUCUCACACCAGAAUGGGCAUUAAGAAGCUCGCCAUCUUUCUCCUGAUGCUCUCUCUUUGUCUAGAGGGAGCGUCUGCCAAAGAAAAAGGAACAAAGAAGGGACGGAAAAAAGGGAAGCAGGUUUACUGUCCAUCACAGCUGUCAUCUGAGGAUCUGGCCCGAGUCCCUGCCAAUUCAACCAGUAACAUCUUGAAUAGGUUACUGAUCACCUACGAUCCCAGAAUAAGGCCCAACUUCAAAGGAAUUCCUGUGGAAGACAGAGUGAACAUUUUCAUCAACAGUUUUGGCUCCAUCCAAGAAACGACCAUGGAUUACAGAGUCAACAUCUUCCUGCGGCAGCGCUGGAACGACCCCCGGCUUAAGCUACCGCAGGACUUCAAGUCCGACUCUCUCACCGUCGAUCCAAAGAUGUUCAAGUGUCUCUGGAAACCCGACCUGUUCUUCGCUAACGAGAAGAGCGCCAACUUUCACGACGUCACCCAGGAAAACAUUCUGCUCUUCAUUUUCCGUAACGGAGAUGUCCUCAUCAGUAUGAGGUUGUCCGUCACCCUUUCCUGUCCGCUGGAUCUCACAUUGUUCCCUAUGGACACACAGAGGUGCAAAAUGCAACUUGAAAGCUUUGGCUACACCACAGACGACCUGCAGUUCUUCUGGCAGACAGGAGACCCGGUGCAAAUGGACGCCAUCGCUCUGCCACAGUUUGAUAUCAGACAAGAAGAUAUUGAUUAUGGGAACUGCACCAAAUUCUAUUCGGGAACAGGGUACUACACUUGUGUGGAGGUUAUCUUCACCCUGAGGCGACAGGUCGGCUUCUACAUGAUGGGUGUUUACGCCCCCACACUGCUCAUCGUGGUCCUCUCCUGGCUGUCCUUCUGGAUCAACCCUGAUGCGAGUGCAGCCAGGGUGCCUUUGGGCAUCCUCUCGGUGCUCUCUCUGUCCUCUGAGUGCACCUCCCUGGCUCAGGAACUGCCCAAAGUGUCCUACGUCAAGGCCAUCGACGUCUGGCUCAUCGCUUGCCUGCUGUUUGGUUUCGCCUCGCUGGUGGAGUACGCCGUGGUUCAAGUGAUGCUCAACAGCCCGAAGCGCAUCGAGGCCGAGAAGGCCAAGAUUGCAGCCAAGGAGAAGGCUAUGGGAAAGAGCCCCACUGCCAAGAACAACACGGUCAACGGGACCGGAGGGACGCCGCUGCAUGUCAGCACCUUGCACGUGGCGGAGACUCGCUGUAAGAAGGUGUGCACCUCCAAAUCAGACCUGCGGACCAACGACUUCAGCAUCGUGGGCUCGCUCCCGCGGGACUUUGAGCUGUCAAACUUUGACUGCUACGGGAAGCCCAUCGACAUCGCAAGCGCUCACGGCAAAGCCCUGGCCAAGCACAACAAGAGACCUCCUCCUCCGAAACCAGUCAUCCCCUCUGCUGCCAAAAGGGUCGACCUGUACGCUCGAGCCCUCUUCCCUUUCACCUUUCUCUUCUUCAAUGUGGUUUACUGGUCCGUAUACUUGUGAUUGUUUUGAAAUACUUGUAUUGUUAACCCCCCCACUUCCCUCCCCCGAGUUAUUUAUUGAUCUGAUUAUUUUCAAAAAGUUUAAUUCCAAAGUGAACCCGGAGUGUGUUUAAGGCACACUAGUAUCCUGGUUUUCAGUCUUAGGCUCUGAUCAGACAGGUGAAAAACUCAAGGCGCACCGCACUGCCAUUUUGGUGCCCGAUCAGACAGAGCGUUUUUUGCAGUUUGCUGCAUUUUUUUAUUAGUCCAUUUUUCUAUAUUGCUUGGCAACCAGCAAAUGAGUGCUAACAACAGUUUAAAUUAAUGAAAACAGCUUACCCGGAAUCUUAAAUACCGCACUAAUUUGUGCACUGCUGUUUUCUGCUCAGAUCAUAGUAACUACUGUUGGUUAAGUCAAACCUUAGCUCCGGGUAUCCAGCAAAAGUCACCACAGUGAGAAAAAACGCUAAUGACGUCAGACGCUUUUCCCAGCCCAGUCGCACAGCAGUUAGUCACGAAAUUGAAUGUAUUGAUUCGUAUACUAUUGAUUGUUGCCUAAACCUAACCAAGUCCAUCUAUUCCUAAACCUGACUAAGUAGUUUUAUUUUGAAA